AUGGCUCUCCAGGACUUGCCCGCCGAGCUGCUUCACGCCGUCUCAGCCCAUGUCUCGGACGAGGCAGACCUCAGCGCCCUGAGCCGGACCUGCGUGCGCCUGUUCCACACGCUGGUGGCCGAGCUGUACCGCCGCAACCAUGCCGGUCCCAAGCCGUCGGCCCUGACCUGGGCCAUCAACAGCGGCAACAUGGGCACGAUCCAGCGGGCGACUGGCUGCGGCGUCGACAUCGUGAAGCUCCGCCACAUCACCAGCGCGGCCAGCAUGGGGGACAAGGAUGUGUUCGACACCCUCUGGGCAUGCAAGCUCCAGCACGGGGGCUUCGGCUCGCUGCUGGUCGACGAGGACAGCAGGGAACCACUCUACGCGGCCGUGAACGCGGGCAACAAGCAGAUAGUCAGCGUCCUCGUGGAGACGGGCAUGGUAGACAGCCAAGUCCAGUCUUCCAACCAGAACGUCCCUCUCUUCAUUGCCGCCUUCAACGGGAGCCAUGAAGUAGUCAGCCUGCUUCUGGACCACGGCGCCCCUCCCAUGUCUCAUUUCCACAUGGUCCACCCCCUAGCUGCUGCUGUCAAGCCUCGAGGCGACUGGUGGGUGUCGAAGCAGUUCUGGGGCCGGAGGCUCAGGAAGAACCCCGAUACUGUUGGCGACACCGUCCGCGUCCUUCUCGAGAGCGGCGUGGACGUCAAUCUCUCCGGCUUCUACGAUGGCGACAGUGCCAUCCAUAUAGCUGCCCAUGCUGGCUACUGCGAUGUGGUCGAGCAGCUUGUCGCCCACGGAGCAUAUAUCGACUCGCGAAACACCUUGACGGACAACACACCCCUUCACAUUGCGACGCAGAGACUGGGGACGCUCGAUAUGGUCCAGACUCUUGUCAAGUUGGGGGCAAGCGUAAACGCAAUCAAUCGGACUGGCCAGACGCCCCUCGCCUUGACAAGAGACACCCGCGAGCCGAGAAGAAUAGCCGAGUUCCUCCUCGACAAUGGAGCCCAGAUGACCAUUGACUACGAGAACAACACGCCUCUCCAUCGGUUGAGGAACAUUGGCUCGCUCGAGCAGAGUGCGGACACCUCGGCAGGCUUGCUCGACGCGCUGCUCAAACGAGGAGCCGACAUCAACGCCCAGAACAAGCAGGGCAAGACUCCCCUCCACUGCGUCGCCGAGACGGCCGGAAACUCCCAUCUCAUCAGGAUCCUGGUCAACCGGGGUGCCUCCCUCAGCAUCAGAGACGGCAGCGGCGUCACGCCCCUUGGGUACGCGGCCGCCCACUGCCCCCAGCAGAUCAUAGAGUUCCUGAUCGAGAAGGGCUCCGACCCCAACUCGAGGACAAAGGACGGCCUGCCGCUGCUCCAGCUCGCCGUCGGGCGCGAGUCUGCCACGCUCAUCGACCUGCUCCUCCGGUGCGGCGCCGACGUCAGGGCCCCCAACCGCCACGGACGGGGAGCUCUGCAUUACGCGGCGCUGAUCGGCAAGAUUGAGAUGAUUGACGUCUUCCUCCGCCACGGGGUCUCCAUCGACGCGCACGACGCGCACGGGCUCACGCCGCUCAUGUGCGCCAUCGAGGGCGUCACGAGCACCAACUUCGACUUCCUCCUCGAGAAGGGGGCCAGCGUGCACAAGAGGGACAACACGAUGCAGACGGCCCUGCACAAGGCGGCCAAGCACGGCAAGGUGAAGGCAGCCACGGCCCUGCUCAAGCUCGGGGCCGAUAUCAACGCGGUCGACGACGAUAAUCAGACUCCGCUGUACAUGGCCUCUGUAUAUCUGCGGCCGAAGAUGGUAGAGGUUCUUUGCAAGCAUGGCGCUGACCCUACCAUCACCGAUUGUAGAGGGAGGACGGCGAUGGCAGUUGCCAACAGCGAGAUUUUCAGUCUUUUCGACGAGCUUGAGAGCCAUAAUACUGGUGGGACUUGA